UCGAGACGUAGUCGCGGCCGAACCACGAGACGAGCGUGUGUAUAUUCUCGGGUGAAAUGGCCUAUCGAGUGCGUCCGCUGCCCCAAUGCGCAAUGUUCCCGUGCAACGUGAGAAGCUGCCGCGAAGCAUGCUACCGUUGGCUGUCUUGAAAGGUCCGUGAGAGUACGGAAGAGGCUGUCGCGUCCGGCUGAUAGUAGGCGAUUCACUCGCGAGCACGUGUGUGCGGCUUGUAUAUAUGUGUGGUCGAAUCUCUAUGGUGCGCGCAUUAGAAGGAGCGGGAUUGUUUACGGAUCGGCUGGAAGACGGACCGAGAUCGCGUGUGGGCGUUUACGCGGAGGUACGACGACCCGAAGGACAAAGCGGUGCGGAGGGAAAACUCAUGACGACCGCACGUACGCACGCAUGAAGGUCCCAUGGCUACCGGCUUAGUCAAGUGGUGGCGAGCAAGGUUUCUCGCCGGCUACAGGCCCUUUUCCGUUGUAGGAACUAAUACGGAAGGCAGCGAUUCGGAGGAGUUGUUGACGGGUAUCCCGACUACUUGCAACGUCUCAUCACCGCCGCCGACGGAGUCACAACCGAUUUUAAUAUCUCCGGAGCCGCCGCAACAGAUCGCGGUUGAUAGUCCGACCAUACCUGCAGGACCUACCGGUAAUGACGAACAGCCUACUUGCGGUACAACGAAACAGCUUAGUUUCGAGGAAUUCGAGUGCGACGUGUCGGUGGCGGAAGGCGACAGGAGGCGGCAGGAGUUUUCCUUCACUCUGUACGACUUUGAUGGCCACGGAAAAAUUACGAAGGACGACAUAGCCGGUCUGGUGACCACCAUUUACGACACGCUAGGUGCUUCUAUACAAGUGCCGCCGUGCGGCAGCAAGACAAUUAAGGUCAAACUGACGGUGUCGCCGGAUCAGCGAGCCAGCAGUAACAGCAACCAGGCACCGCCGCCUCGCAGCAACACUUGCCUAAAUGCCACGCAAACGCCGACCACGACCACACUGCCUGGUGGCAAUUCGUCGUCCUGUUGCCAUUUGAAGCAUGCCGUCCCGUGUGACCAUACGAACAGCAGGGUUCCUAGAAGGAGAAGAGCCCCGCGGUAUCGUUGUCAGACCGAGCGAAAGGAAGUCGAGACUCACAGCGAGGACGACGAUGAGAACGUCCGCGCGAAUCGAAUGCAGCAGGAGGAACUGCGCAGACGUGUCGGUCCGGUGCCUCAUUUACCGUCCCCCUAUUCGAACAGCUCUGAGGGUGAUGUGAGCGACGAUAGCGACACUUCUCCCGCGUUCUCGCCGUUAACACCGCUUCUUACAACGAAUCAGCGAAAGCGCAGCGGUGCACUGCAAAGGCAACAAUUGUUGGAGAUUAUUCAGGCCAACAUGGAAAAGAAUAAUCUCAGUUUUCACACGUCACGGAAACGGCAUCAAAACGAACAAUCACGCGUUCCGUCUCACAACCCUCAGCAGGAAAGCGUAAAUCACAACAAUCAAGACUGUCCUGCGGAACCUCGCCAAAUGCCCAUGAACCAUCACAAACCAAUGCAGGAAAGCAGCCAUCAUUCCGCAUCGUUUUCCAAGACACCAGCUAAACCUCGGACGAAUCUGAGAAAGGCGCGGUGCAACACCUCGCGGAAUAACGCGGCGACGCACGCCUCCCAGGCCUACGGAUACUCGCAGGUGCUAAAUCGCAAUGUCAUCGUACCAACGACGACGGUCUACAACGACAUACCAUUGCAGCACAUCACCAGCAGCAACAACACCCACCGGAACAUCGUGAACCUCUUGCCGAAUAACAACCAGCAGGCGGCCAAUCACCACCAGACUAAUCUGAUCAACAAUCACAACAACGCGCAGCGCAACAACGCGCAGUUCAUUCAGCCGCAGCAACAACAAUGCUGCAGAGCCAAGAAGCAUCAGCUGAAGCACGCCACCCGGGAGCAGGACCAGGCUCGGGCGAUGGCGCAGGUCGUGCGUUGGCUGGAACGCGAGUUCUCGCAAAACGCAGCGGCGGUCACGUCCGGUCGGAGGCACGUCCACGAGCAUAUACACCAUCAUUAUCAUCAUUAUCACGCCGAGGCUUUGGUCUAAUGUCUUACUGAGAAGGUUAGAAAGAUAUUUCAACUUCACGCUGAAAUGUGUCGUGUUCAAAGAUAAUUAAACUUUAGAGAUUGAGCUAAAUUUCGAAUGAGAAUUGCGUGUCGCGAGAAGACGCGGCAUGUUUCAAAUUUGAUCUUCCAUAUUUAUUAUCAUAAGGAACUCUGGACUGAGUUAUCCAUUGAAUCUCCAGUUUGUCAUGAGGCAAACCUAUUUAUGCAUAUUUGUCCAAUACAUCGAUGGAUAUCUAGUACGAAUAUUAAUCAUAGUGGAUGAUGAUUACAUUAUUACAUAAGGGAGAGUUGCCAAAACCGUACUACUGAACAAGGUAGACUUGAAAUGUUACACAGGAAACGCAAUGCAAAAUUAAACAUUUGGUUGCUUUUUUAUCUUAUAUAUAUUUAUUACUAGACCGCGCUUACAUACCAUAAUAAUUCAUCCAUUGAUAAAAAAAAUCUUGAAAUAUCUACGUUUGUAUUGAGAUUUCCAUCUCAGUGUUCCAUCUUUUCCAAACGUAUAACUUACCGUCGCGUGACAAGCACGAACGACGAAGCGAGCGAACGAGCGAUCGAGCGCGGUUAUCAUUGAUAAAAUUGAAUAACAGUUCGAUCAAGAGAUUAAUAUAAUUGUGGUUUAUGAUAAUUAAGGGAGAGGAACGGAAAAUGAAGAAGGAUAUAAAGGAAACAGAGGGA